AUCAAUCUGGCAUAACCUGGGAGCUAAAUGAGGCCGUGGCAUCACAGUGUGGCUAUACAGUAACUUACAGCCAUGGGAGUAACAUUGAGUUUCGUGCUUCUGCACUAAGCUGCCAUUCUCACUUAGAGAAAGAUGUGUUCACAGUAACUCUACAAAUCAAAGCAUCACAUACUCCUGAUAUGAAUAAUGCUGCAACUUAUCUGAAAAGUGCAAGUUGCUAUCGUGGCCCAUGGAGCCCAAGAGAGUUAGUGUGUGAAAGUAACUACAUGGAGGUUUCUGUCAGGAAGGAGGUUCCACAAACUCUAAAAGACUUGAUUCAGCAUGAACCUGAGGACUGGACUCUUGCCUUUCCAGAGGCAGAAGCAGGAGAAGCCUCAAUAUGGCAAAUAGUGUUUCAUCAGCCAGAAGAAAAAAAGGCUCUGCUUGUGAGUGAUGCUUGGAGUGCAGGCUAUGGACUCAGCACCACAGACACCAGGGUUCUGCUGCGAAUACCAUACGCCGCUGCACAAAUUCAGCUGGUUGAGGCACAGGGAAUUACCUUUUUUGCAGUAAGAUCAAGUAUAUUUUACAAACAGCGAUGGAUGAUCCUGAUGGUGGACACUGCUGUGGCAUGUCCUGUAGAUGAUGUGGACUAUGCUAACAAAACAAUCAUCUGGACUGUUCCAAAGUAUAUUCAACCACUCUCUGCUGGAGCAACUGGCUUCAAGGAUGUGCUUGUUGAAGCUGGCGUGGAUCUACACAAACUCUCUCUCGAAGAAAUGGCCUCCAGGAAAUAUGUGUUAUCAAAUGACUUAAAUGCAAUUACAAUGAAGAUACCAAUAGGUGCAGAAGGUGGCUAUUACAAGGUUAGUGUUACUUAA